AUGGCGCGUGAACCGCUGACGCUCAAGGCGUACGCCAAGGUGAACCUGACGCUGGAAGUCAUCGGCAAGCGCGAUGAUGGUUACCAUAACGUGGCCACGGUCAUGCAGACUGUGGACCUGGCGGAUACGCUGGUAAUCAGCCAAGCCGCGCAGCUGGAAGUAGAGUGCGACGAGCCGAGCCUGUUAGGGGAGAGCAACCUGGCGUGGAAGGCGGCGGUGGCGCUGGCCAGUCGGGUUGGCGCGGUUCCACGGGGGCGCAUACACAUCGAAAAGGGAAUUCCCGUCGCUUCGGGAUUGGGCGGCGGGUCGGCGGAUGCGGCGGCGGCGUUGUUGGGGCUGAACCGACUAUGGGGGUUGAAACUGGGGAUGGCGGAACUGGCCGAGAUUGCGGCUGGGUUGGGGUCCGACGUGCCGUUCUUGCUGAACGGGGGAACGGCGAUGGGAACCGGGCGGGGAGACGAGAUUGCGCCUUUGCCAGCGCUGCCGGCCACUGAAGUGUUGCUGGUGGUUCCGGCGGACAGCAUCGAUGUCAAGACGCCCACGAUGUACCGGGCGCUGCGACCGGGGGAUUUUUCGGACGGGAGCAGAACGCGGCGAAUAGCGAGUCGAUCCGGUGGGCAGGCGUUGACGUCCGAGGAUUGCUGCAACGCGUUCGAAAGGGCGGCGCGAGAAAUCUUUUCAGGGCUGGGAAGCGUAUGGGACUCAGUGGCGGCGGUGACGCGGUAUCCGCCGAGACUGUCCGGUGCGGGACCAACGCUAUACACCAUGCCGUCUUCGGAAACUGAGCGUAUCCGGGUGGCCGAGUCCUUGCAGGGCACCGACGCCACAGCGUACCUUGUGCGGACGAUUAGCCCCGAGGACCGCCCCAGGGCGGCAUCGAUCAACCAAGUCCAACCAACGAUCAACCAGGUCUAA